ACUUUUGCAUUGAGUACAAAGUUAAAUCUGCCCCUGCUACAUUUACAUUUAAUCACGUGGGUGAAAAAAGGUCUGUAGGUGUUCAGUGAUUGGGGGAAUAAGGUUCACUUUAGCACGCAGGCAGACAUGCCUUUGAUCGUUCUGUCUAAGCUGGCAUGACGUAACCAGUUCAUAAUGUUACACUGACAGCCAGCCAGCCAGUCAGCAAGCCGCGCAGUGCCGGUAGCUCCGUGCUUCAAGUCCACGAAAGAACGUAGCUAAAUGGAUGCCGAAAUGGAACACCUGCAACUAUCUAAUGGGAUUCAAAUGCCUGUUCUCGGAAUAGGAACCUCUCGAUGGUUUGUAGGCGGUUACAGUGACGAGGCUAUGGUGUACGCGUUGGGACACUGCCGCGUACGCCACAUCGACACGGCCAGGCGCUACCGAUGCGAGGACCUCGUUGGCGCGUCCCUGAGAAAAAGCGGGGUUACCAGGGAGCAGGUCUUCAUCACCAGCAAGUUGUGGCCGAGUGAGUAUGGCUACCGCAAAACUCGGGCUGCAUUCCAAGAUUCACUCCAACAAGUAGGCGUGGAAUACUUUGAUCUUUACUUACUUCAUUAUCCAAGUUCACCUGAGGGAACCGACACAAAGCAACUUAUCAGUGAGUCCUGGAAGGCGCUUGAGGAAUUUUACUCACAAGGUUUGUGUAAGGCAAUUGGAGUGAGCAACUUCCAGAUUUCCGACUUGAAAAAUUUGGAAGAGACCUGGAAUGUUGUUCCGCAUGUUAAUCAGCUGGAGGUACACAUAUUCAACUAUCCUGAAAAACUCAUUGAAUAUUGCAGACGUCUUGGAAUGCAGAUCGUGGCUUUCAGCCCGAUGGCAAAAGGUAAGGCACUGGCACACCCCAGAGUGAUGGAACUUGCGACGAAAUACAAGAAAGUGACGAGCCAGAUCCUCAACAGAUGGGUUAUACAGCAUGGCUGUGCAACUAUUCCGAAAUCCACCAAAUGCCACCACGUGGAAGAAAAUUGCAAGAUUUUCGACUUUGUGCUGACCGAGGAAGACAUGCAGACACUAGACGCUAUUCACGAGACCGAGCCGUACACCGUCCUUCCAGUCCCCAGUCGGGCUGUUUUUAAUUAAUCAGGAAUGAUGAUAGGCAUUCGACGUGUCCUGGGAAGCCCAAACAGUGGGUUUUUUAAAAUCUUUCUUUCCCCCCCCCUUUUUUUAAGAAUUAGUUUAACUUCAGGGGAGAUCCUGUAGGGCCAAUUUAAAUGAAAAUCGUUUCUUUCAUUGUUGGGACAGGUAUAUUUUGUUACUUCCUAGUGUCGUCGCCGGCAAGACAUGACCUCGGGCGCUCGACGGCAUUCACGAAGCUGAUCAUUCCCACUGCGUCGAUCGUAUCUUUAACUCAGCUGGCUUACAAUGACAUGUUUUCUAUGCAGAAAAUGAUUUAUGGUUGGAGGACAAAAUGUUUUUAGGUCCUUAACUGAUGGUCCGGCUAUAAUACGGGGAUUCACAAUACCGUGCACCACCAUGAGUUUGCAAUACGUUGGCCAAUCAUAACGUGCGAAAUUUGUCGACCGUUUCCAAACACGCAUUGGGUCGA